AUGUUGGAGCCGUCGUUAGCUGGAACUGUUACUCGUGGUGGCGUCGCUUCGAUUGUGUCACUUAUCACACUUGCUGGUGUUGUCAUUCAUCAUAUUGGUUCUUUUGCGAUUAAUGGAUGA